AUGGCCAAAAGUUCUUGGAUAACAAAGAUUCACCAUGCGGCUUUCUACUACAUCCCGGCCAUCUUGAGAACGUUCAUUACAUGGCUUUCUGGAGUCUCCGAAACCUCUUCGCAAUGGAAUCUAAAAACAGCAUUUACGGUUUCGAUCGCGCGAGCGAUCUUCAAUGACCCUGCUCGGAUCUCGAUGCUCGAAGAACAGGAGGCAAGUUUCACAAAGCCGCCCAUUACAAGCUCCAUGUGGGUUUGUAAAGACGAGUUUCCGGCGACAGGGAAAAAUAACUUGUCGCAGCUCGUGAGAGAGGCUGUAUCUGAUCUAUCCGGCGAUAACACAGACAUCCCUUUCACCGACGUGGCGACAGUGGAAGGAGAGUGGGUUGGUCACAGAUAUAAUUCAACCGGAGUAUAUGGCAAUAUUGCAAGUUCUCGGUCAAACGAGGAGCGUCAGUAUCAUCAGAUGGCAAACGACACGAAAAAUGACAUUGUGUUGAUUUAUUUGCACGGAGGACAGUUCUAUCUUCGAAAUCCCGAAUCAAGAAGAAGUUUGGUCCACGCACUUGCGCAACGUACCGGCGGUCGAUGUUUCUCGAUGGCUUACCGUUUGUCACCCCAGCACAUGUUCCCUUCGGCACUCUUGGAUCUGCUCCUGGUAUAUUUAUCUCUCCUGUACCCUCCUCCAUCUGACAGCCAUCUGGCCGCGUCUCCACCAACGUCGAUCUGUAUUUGCGGAGAUAGUUCGGGUGGAAACAUUGCGGCUGCAUUUCUCCAGUUGAUCCUCCAUUUGAAUCGGAAAGAGCCGCCGGGAGUAGCUAGUGUUUUAUGGAACGAUGCACAUGUGCCUCUUCCUUGUCCUGGAGCCGUAUGUAUACAUUCGGGAUAUAUGGAUCUGACCAGAUCAUUGCCAUCUGAAAUGGAAAACCUAAAGUUUGACAUCAUACCAUCACCGGGCCGUCCCCCCACACCGGUGACCCGUUACUUCGAAGAUGCUAUAUGGCCUCCAGAGCAGCCUCGACAUCAUGUGUAUGCCCCUACUCAUCUUCUAACACAUCCUUUGGUAUCACCAAUCACGGCAAGAGACUGGAAGGAGUGUCCUACCCAGGUCUGGUUAAGUGUGGGUCAGGAAUGUCUUGCAGAUGGGAAUAUCGUCCUAGCAAAAGAAAUGGCCGGACAAGGUGUCGAUGUGGAGCUUGAGAUCUACGAGGGCAUGCCUCAUGAUUUCCUCGUGCUGUUAUCAUCUAGUUCUUGCGGACAGGAUUGUUUCGACCGAUGGGCCAAGUUUGUAAAACGAGCGAUUGGCCGUGAGGGACCAGGGGAAAGGACAGAGAAUGAAAGGAACGUGGCUAUCAUUCACAGCAUUGAUGGGAAAAAAAAGCAAACGCCCUUAACCGAGAUUCAACCUCAAAAAACGGUGGAGGAAUUGAUUGAGGGCAUGGAAGCCAAAAUCCAGAGCUGGGGGCAACCACCAACAAGGCUGCACUAG